AUGUUAAAUCGAACGAUAUAUUUAAAAGGAUUCAAGCCUUUGUUUGAUAAGAGACGAAGAGUUGUUAAAGAUGAGCAUGUGUUCAUGGAUAGAUACGGGAGGAUUUACGAUAUCGUUGAGAAAUUAGGAAAUAAAAAAGUCGUUGUGAAGAGAACUCAUCCACCGCUGAUGAACCCGGCCAAGCCUUUUGAACGACAAAUAAAUUAUGGAGUCAGAAAGGAUAAAGUUGUUAAUCUCGAGGUUGAUAAACGAUGUCAAUAUUUCAAAACUAAAAUGGAACAUAUAAAACAAAAGUAUUGUAAUGUUAGGAAAAAACAAAUCACUUGA